AUGCAGCCAUAUUCGAUUCCCAGACUCACUGUACUGGUAGUCGAGUCUUCAGUACUACAGCUACAGAUCCACUGUCCAGAAGCGCUAUUUAUAAGCAAGCAGAGAUCUAGACAGCAUGCUCAGACUGGAGACCACGCCCUUCAACCUUGUUUCAUCAGAGAUGACACUUUACCUAUUUUUCUGUACUGCCAUCAAAAAAGUUUCUAUGGUUUCAUCUAUACAAACAGUAAAACAGACACAAGCACCAAGAUGUCUGUUGACUACGCAUCAAGGCUCUCUGAGUAUGAAAACAAAGGAAAAUGUGGACAACCUGAGACUUUUGACACUGUGGAGAAGUUAGAAGAAAAGAUUUGCCUCCUGCACGAGAUGGUGGUGGCUGCUGAGCACAUAGUCGUCCACACAGGAGCUGGAAUCAGCACCGCAGCAGGUAUCCCCGACUUCCGUGGUCCUAAAGGAGUGUGGACACUGGAGAAGAAAGGUAGGAAGGUAGAGACAAGCGUACAGUUUGAGGAAGCCCAGCCUACCCUCACUCACAGGGCCCUCACUGCACUAGCCACCUCUGGUAUCGUCAAACAGAUUGUGAGUCAGAAUGUGGAUGGCCUCCACCUCAAGUCAGGACUGCCCAGAGAGCAGCUAUGUGAGCUCCAUGGAAACAUGUUCAUGGAGAAGUGUGAGAAAUGUGGCAGAGAAUUUGUGAGGGAGAGGCCGGUGAAGACUGUUGGACUGAGGAGAACAGGAAACACAUGUUUAGUGGGAGGAGCUAGAGGAAGAUGCAGAGGCAAGCUGAGAGACACUGUUCUGGACUGGGAAGAUGAGCUACCAGUGGAGGAGCUACAAAGAGCUGAACUACACUCAAGGCAAGCAGACCUGUGUAUUUGCCUUGGGACAACACUGCAGAUCCUGCCAGCUGGAAAAAUUCCUCUAUUGGCCAAGAAACAUAAGAAUGGGAAACUAGUCAUCUGCAAUCUUCAGUCAACACAAUAUGACAAACAAGCUGACCUGAUUAUUCACAGCUAUGUAGAUGAUAUCUUAGACAAAUUAAUGAACAAACUAAACAUUGAUAUACCGAAACCUGUGCCACCGUUAUAGCAACUAUAUGCAUGUACUUCAAUUUAUUUAUUGCUGUACUAUAAUUAUAAUUCAUACGUGUACGUGACUGUUACGUUCCUCCUGCAUGCAUUAAUUAUUAAUUACGUAUAUACUGUAUCAAAUUUUUAUAAUAAUUCACUGU